GGGCGGAAGUGACGUCGCGCGGGCGGGUCCGGCCGCGCACAAUGGGCCAUGGAGUUCCCUUUCGAUGUGGACGCGCUGCUCCCGGAGCGGAUCACCGUGCUGGACCAGCACCUGCGGCCCCCGGCCCGCCGACCCGGAACCACAACGCCGGCCCGCGUUGACCUGCAGCAGCAAAUCAUGACCAUUGUCGAUGAGCUGGGCAAGGCUUCUGCCAAGGCCCAGCAUCUUCCUGCCCCAAUCACCAGUGCGUCAAGGAUGCAGAGCAACCGCCACGUCAUCUACGUGCUCAAAGACACUUCUGCCCGGCCGGCUGGGAAGGGAGCCAUUGUUGGUUUCCUCAAAGUUGGAUACAAGAAGCUCUUUGUGCUGGAUGACCGCGAGGCUCACAAUGAGGUGGAACCGCUCUGCAUCCUGGACUUUUACAUACACGAGUCCCUGCAGCGUCAUGGCCACGGGCGAGAGCUCUUCCAGUACAUGCUGCAGAAGGAACGGGUUGAACCACAUCAGCUGGCCAUUGACCGACCCUCACAGAAGCUGCUGAAGUUCCUGAAUAAGCACUACAGCCUGGAGACCACAGUCCCACAGGUGAACAACUUCGUGAUCUUCGAAGGCUUCUUCGCGCAUCAGCACCGGCCCCCCGCCCCCUCUCUGAGGGCCUCGCGACUCUCCCGCGCCGCCGCCGAGCCCGCGCCCGCUGCCGACCGCCCGCCUCCUGCUGGCCACCGACCCCGGGGGCAGCCCGGCGCAGCGCCGCCGGACCAGCUCCCUUCCCCGCUCUGAUGAGAGUCGAUACUGACAGCCGCCCUCCCUCAGCGGCUCGGCCCCGCCUCCCUGCAUCUUCCAGACCCAGUGGACCCUGUCGGAGCCGUGGGAGUGCUCUGCCCCUCUCAGACGGCUGGGUCGUCAGGGUCCCACACGGCCUAGUACUGUAGCUUUUCUUAGCACCGAAGGGACCGCUGUUGGCCCAGCCCGGGCUCUGUACUCUCCGCAGCCUGAUCUGCCGCCAGACCCUGUGCUGGGCUGCGCAGAGCAUCUAGAGCAGCACGGGCUUGCCCAUCAGACUGCCCCCGGGGAGGGUGAAGGCCUCUGCCAGGGAGCCCCUGCGGGCGUCCUGCCCCCGGGUAAUCCGUGUCCCCUCAGUCCUGCUCUGUGCUGCGGCGUGAGCAAGCUCUGCCUCAGAGCAGCCCAGCUACACAGGACGGGCUCAGCGGCUCCCCAGUGGGGUCCACUCACCGUUGCCAAACUUCACCCCCACGUUUGUGUCAGGGAGCCCCCACACUCGUUACACCACCACUUCUGCCAGACCCAGACUCGCUGAAGUUUAGUUCUGGCAGAUCCCAGCAAACACCGGGGUGUUCAGUUAGAUCCUGGAACGCCCUGCAGUCCACCCCUGCCUGUGGCUCUGCUCACCCGCUCCUGUCUGGUGAGACGUCUCGCGUGGGGUGGGCGCCAGUCCCCCCGGCCUGCCCUCCUCCCUGGCCCUCACCCGUGCCCAGGGUCCAGACUGGCGUCGGCUCCCCGGCCCGGCCCCGCGUGUGUAGAUCAGGCCCUCCCACCACACUCCCCGCGUCCUCGGGAGCAGGCUCUCCCUCUCUCCCCACUCACGCCUCCCUCUUCUUUCCCCCUCACUGUUGUCUGAAUAAAGUGAAUUCUUUCUGUGUUUUCUAAA